AUGGCAUCCGACUCCACCGGCAAUGUGGACAUCCAGCCGCACGUCCAUCCGGUUGUUCGCAACGCUCUCCGCAUUUCUCUGAGCGCCAAGGAAUACAAGACCCUGCACCAUCUUGUGGCCCAACGUGCGCCUUCAUUCCAGUCCAGACUGCCAUCGCCAUCGAAAUACGAAGCGAUCGUUCGGUCUCAGAACAGACACAAUGAGGCGGCCUUUCGCACGUCGGCGCGCGUCUUCCUGGUCUCGGGAGCGUUGUUGAAGCUUGUUGAUCUGGUUGCUCGCAGAAUCCGGGGAGAGGCUUCGAGGAAAGAUCGUCGCAUCUCGCUUUUCCGCUCCCCCAACUUCCGGCUCUCCCUCUCUCUUUCCCUGAUGCUCCUCCUGCAUCGACUUCUUCAUCGCUUCUUUGUCAGACUGCGCGCAAACCUCCGCACCGAGGAGGCCGAGCCGUUUCGUAAACGGAACCCGCGUGUUUCCAAGGCGCUGACCUCACGAUAUGCGCCCGCCGUCGGUGCCAGCUUGGCGGGGUUUGCGCUGGGGAUCUGUCCUCAAAAGCAACUACGGAUGACAGCCGCCAUCUACACAGGCACGCGGAGUUUGGAGUUCAUUUUUAACGUGUUUGAUGAGAAAGGAUGGGUCGAGAAUCGGCCGUGGUGGUUUGGAAGCUGGCUGUUAAUGCCUAUUUCGUGCGCCCAGUUGUUCCACGCUUUUGUUUUUGACCGAGAAACCACGCCCGGGUGGCUUGGAAAGGUCAUUAUGAGGCUCUCCCCCGCCUACAUUCAUGGCCGGCCAGAAACGUUGCCUGCCGAGUUCCCAUGGCCUGAGAAGGAAGCUAUAGUAGACUCGCUCGCCACUGUUGCAAAGCUACGAUGGCCAGCAUUCAUCUCGCCCAUUCUCCAUCCCGGUGAUCCCUACACGUUACCGUCUACGAUCAAAUCCAUCUCCCCGAUUACUGGACCUGCACACCCGUCGAUUUCAAGUCUGUCAUGCGCUCUACUCCAUCCGGGCUGCCCGAGCUGCGGCACGACGUUUCUGCAUCACCUCCUUCUUUCCGUUCCACCUCUGGCCCGAUUUAUAACCAUGGUGACCCUGGCGCUGUCGGCACUGAAGUUCAAAAGUUUCCUCACCCAGCCCAUCACCUCAAUCAACAAUCUAUCGAAGCGGAUCAUUGCCUUGACUGGCAUUCUUUCUGCCUCCGUCGGUUCUGCGUGGGGAAGCAUCUGCCUCUGGAACGCCAUUCUCCCCCGGUCCGUUCUUCCCACGCAGCGAUUCUUUCUGAGCGGAGCAGCGGCUGGCGUACCAUUCGCAUUCCUUAGCAGCAGCCGUAAUAUAUUCCUGUACUUUUUCCGCGCGGCCGUGGACUCGGCGUGGAAGUCGGGAGUCAAGCGUGGUCUCUGGAAGGGCUGGAAAGGCGGGGACCUGUUUGUGGUGGUGAUCACCUGGGCACUCAUGGGGUCCAUCUUGGAGACUCGGCCCUCCGCGGUGCAAGGAAAAGGAGUCCGGAAAGCAUUGGCAUGGAUGCGAGGGGAUGGAUAUGUAGACCCAGCGGAUGCCGCAGCAAAACGGAAGUCGAAGAAAACAGCGGCAGCAAAGAAUGCCGAGGAGGAGACCUGA